AUGACAUAUAUCGAGCAAAUUUCAUUAAAAAGAAAUCUUCAACUUAAAAAUGUUUUAAACGAUCAAAAAUAUCAUCAAGAACUAAUUAAAUCUGCACAUAAACAAAUAACUAAUGAAAUAAAUAUAGAUUCAGAAAAACAAGAAAUUUUUCAUAAUUUAAAUAAUCAAUUCUAUCAAUACAAAAAUGAUUUUAAUCAAAUUCAAAAACAUGAUUAUUUUGAAAUCCAACCAAUAUUUCAAACACAUCUUGAAUUAGCUAUUCGAACACUUGAUAUAGAUUUACAACUAAUAGGGCAAAUUUUUAAUGGUAGAACAUUAACAGAUAUUAUUCCUAAUAAAUUAUCGAUUAUAAUAAAAACAUCUUUGCAAUCUAUGACACCGAUUGAAUUACAAAUUGGUAAAGAUAUAACAUUGAUUCGUGACAAUUUAUCAAUAAUAGCUAUGAAUAUGAAAAAUUGUCAGACAAUAAUUCAUAAAAAGAAAAUAUCACAAGAUUUACUAAGAAUAGAUAUUAAUGAUUAUCUUCAAAUUAUUAAAAAUGAAUAUUUAGAACAGAAAAUAAACGAAAAAAAUCUACAAUCGAUAAAAAUGGCUUUGAACAAAUUUGUUGAAUUUGAUCAACAACAAAUAGAAUUUAUUAAUAAAUUAGAAGAUAUUUAUAAAAUGUUAAAUAAACAGUCAAAUAAAAUUCAGAAGAACUUAUUAAAUAUUGCAACUGCUCGUUAUCAUUCUAAUCAUGCAAAUUUUUCAUUAAAUGCUAAAUUAAAAUAUCUUCCAGUUGAUAAUUCAGGAAAUUUAAUAGAACAACCUUUAUAUCUUGUUGAUGAACUUAAUCUUAUUAGAUUACCAUUUGAAUCAGAUCGUUUUCAUAUUUCAAAUGAUAAACAUUAA